AGUGACCUCCCAGUGAUUAACACCUCAGGAGCCCAAUCGCUACCGGGUUACAAAUAAGAGGGAACAAAGAAACCGUGCUGCACUUCGUUUGCUGAGCCCGGAAAUCUCAACGGUCGUCAGGAAAAUCGCUGUUCAUCUACUGGCACUAGAAGGCAACAUCGUACUGGCUUUUCUAGACGGUAGUAGAAUCCAUCACUGGAAGGUUGUAAUACCUUCGCAAUAGCACUGAAAGAUGACAACCCAUACUGAAAUUAUUACCCCGGACUUACGCAAAGCUGACAAACGGACCGCGGCACGCAGGCGAUAUGUUUACAGAGCAUGCGUUCCUAUUGUGUGCACCUAUUUCCUGUUUAUCUCCGUGACUUCUGAGCACGCCAAUGAUGUCCCCCUGUCCCUCCCAGGUGUGGACACAGCAACCGCUGCACGUCCGGUGAUUAACGAGACAAAUUCGGUGCCCUCUCCCAUCGAUUCCCACAGACAGCAUGAGGUGUACUUGGCUCCAUUCCAUGAAGUAAUCGGCUCGCAUUUGGUUGAUCAAAAUACGUACCGGUGCGAACCAAUAAACCUCGCUCUAUGCAGGGAUAUGUACUACCAGUAUACUCGUUUACCAAAUAUGUUCGAUCAUGAAACGCAAGAAGAGGCAGGGCUAGAGGCGCAUCAGUUCUAUCCGUUGGUUCAAAUCAACUGUGCAGAAGAUCUACGUUUCUUCUUGUGCUCCAUCUACAUACCAAUUUGUGUCGACGGGUAUGCGGAACUUCUGCCGCCCUGUCGCUCCGUUUGUGAACGUGUAAGAGCCGGCUGCUCCCCAGUGAUGCAACACUUCAAUUUUCCUUGGCCAAAACGCAUGGGUUGUUCCCAGUUCCCUGAAUACAACAACGCACAUGGGGCCCUCUGCAUGGAGCGAAACCUGAAUGGAAGUGGAGCAACUAAUCAAUUUGGGAAAGUUGCUUUUGACCCACAGCGAACUCAUUCGACACAAUUGGUUGAUGUCGAAACGGAACGGACUCAUGUAAGCAGGCGAGCAGAAUUUUCGGUUGACAGCGACGAGCCACACAACGAAUAUGCGAGCAAUCUGCUAAUGAGUGCUGCACGCGAAAACUGGACGUUUCGGCGGAUCCUGGAGGGAGAUCCUAAUCUACAAUUAAGAUGCAAAUGUGGAUGUCACUCGCCAAUGAUUAAAACGACACAAAAAGAAAACAACAACAAUAACAAGACUGAACUGGUUUACUCAGAAGGUUGCGAGAUGCCAUGCCACUCACCGCACUUUGCAACGCGGGUAGCAUUCAGUCCAGUGACAGCAUGGUUUGGCGUUUGGGCUAGUCUAUGUGCUAUGUCAACCAUACUUACAGUGGCAACUUACUUAUUGGAUUCCCAUCGUUUCAAAUACCCGGAAUUAUCAAUUAUCUAUCUAUCAGCAUGCUACCUCAUGGUAUCUAUCGGUUACUUAACUCGUGUGGUCCUCGGACACGAACACGUGGCAUGCGGAUCGAUCCGACAUGAAAAGCAGUAUUCGUAUGCAUCCAAUGAUAACAUCGAAGCUGUUGGCUUUAAACCCCAAAAGGUUGCUGCUUAUUCAACCGUCUCAUCGACGAAUUCGUUAACAGAACUCAUGGUGGUGCUGCGGGAUGCAUCGGCAAAACGAUUCGGGUGUGCUUUGGUCUUUGUAUUGAUCUACUUCUUCAGCACUGCCGCUUCCAUCUGGUGGGUCGUGUUAACCUUCACAUGGCUGCUAGCUUCCGGGAUGAAGUGGGGCAGCGAGGCGAUUGCCAAAUAUUCCCCGGUGUACCAUUUUGUAGCAUGGUCCAUUCCAACGUUACUAACAACACUGGCAUUUCUGUUGGCCGUGGUCGGAGGUGAAUCGGUCAGUGGUUUAUGUGCGAUUAGAGAGAAUGCAAGAUUACCUCACAUCUUAUUUGUAUACACUCCCAAUUUGCUGUUUCUUCUAAUGGGCGUUAUCUUUUUGAUCACCGGAUUCGUCGCUCUCUUGCGGAUUCGUGGUGCACUCAAAACAGAAUGCAUGGGAGAGAAUAAGACGAACGGAUUGGAAAAUCUAAUGGCUCGUAUCGGCAGUUUUGGUAUUUUAUACAUCGUGCCGAGCAUUGUUGUACUCAUCUGCCUUGGUUAUGAAGUUCGGAACAAGCGAGCAUGGGAAUUGGGGUUGGCUUGUCGUUGUGGGUUUACUUCGAAACUCAGCUGGAUGGCAGAUGGAAUAAAGUCCAAACCGCUGAAAUGGAUUCCACCAAAGCCAGACUUUAGAGUGCUCAUGUUGAAACAUUUUAUGGUACUCUUCACUGGGAUCAUAUCAGGUGUCUGGGUGUGGUCUCAAAAAACGCUAUCAAGGUGGAAACGAUUUUGCAAGAGAUGCUGUUUCUUUAACUUUAACAGAAGACGUGGAGCACACAUCCUACUACGGGGCCGUGAGGGUGAACAGGAAGGAUCGAGUAAAACUCACCUGGUGCCUGGAAGUAGCCAUUCAUCAAGUUUACGAACAGUACCACAACGGCAUGGGCUUGGACGGCUCCUAGUUGGUGAAAGCCUGGUAUCUGACAGAAACAUUUAUGCGCCCGACGCAGGCGUACAAAAGGGUAGUAAUUCCGAACAAACUACUGCGACAAUUUUGUCGGCUAUGAGGAUGUCUGAUGUUGGGUUUCAGAAUGUGACCAGCAAAAGGACAAAUUCGGUGGAGCACGGAGCCGGAUGUUCGUCUAUGACGCACGGAUACAAUUUCGAAGUAAAUGCAGACCUUCCAGGAAAUUCUGGAGUGUCUGCUGAAUACGAUGAGUAUUCUCCCGGAGUAGCGAGAUGUUUAGCAAGCACCGUCAGUAGUGAGCCCAUCUCAAGUGGAUUUCAGGAAAGCACAAGCACGAAUUUAUCGAGUGUAUUCAGCAGCGAGAUUGGUACUGGUAACGAGACAACUUUUGGAGCUGACGCACUGCUCCACUGCUUCGAUACCCAGUUAUCAUCGCUGCCAAUGGUGGGAUGCGAAGGGGCUAAUUUCAUCCCAAACGGGAAGUGGCGGCAGUCCAGUACGGAAAAACAGGCUUGGAACAGACUAGCAUCUAAAGCUGUACCAGGUGUACAUGAUAUACAGCAAAUACACGGUGAAAACGCAGUUACGUUACCGGGAAAUCUGGCAUCUAGAUCUACCGAACACCUGCAAACAAAAACACCACAGAACAAUAGCCGGGCGCACAACACAUCGGAUCAACAGUUUUACUGCGUACCAGUGGGCUUGUCCAUGUUUCCCGCUGCAGAUGAUAUACAUAGUACCUUAUCUCACAACGAGCGUAACGGACACAGACACACGGAAAACACUUAUGGAAAGCUCCUGACACAUCCCAAUGGGUUUGUUUUGUGUACUCAUAGAUAGUUACUACCUUCCUUUUUCCCUCUAUUAUACAGUAAUCAACUCACUAUAAAGAACCGAUUGUCACUGAAACAAUUAGUGCGGAAUCCUUGUGAAUGCUUAUAAGAAGAGCCCAAUAUUUAC